GCGCGAAUCUGGAAGGGCGGCGUCCCGCCGGAUUUUUCCCCCGAUUCCUCCCCAAAAAGCAGCGUCUGCGUACACCCGCCUCCGCAUGUGUAUGUACACAGCUCCCGCGCUUGGCUGUCUAGCUCUGCGGCCCUCUUCGUUUUCCGUGUCUUGCUUUGCCCCCCGCUUUUCUCUCGGAGAAAUCUCGCGUCGUUCUCCCGCUUCUGUUUCUCUUUGGCGCUCUGCACUGAAGCGAAUUCAUCAGCGGAAACAGACUUUCUCGGAGUUCGCUGGGCGGCAGCGUGCACCCGCCUGUCGCUGCAGGCGGGUGCGAGUCUCCCCCCUGGCCGCGCGAGAGAAAAAAGCUGGCCUGCGGAAAGGACUGCGCAGACGAACUUUGUCGGCGAAAAAAGUCGGAAACACCGAAAUGGAGUCGUGGAAACUGGGAACAUUCGGAAGAUCCCUGCAGAAGAUGCAACCACGACCCGUCGGUUCGAAAGAGUCUUCGCCGGUUCGCGUCAGCCGCGACUCUUCUUUUCAGUGAAAAGACAGCGACAGCCACUCACUCGCCAGCGAAGGCGGCUUUCUUUGUGAACAGAUCUCUCUGCUUUCCUCAACGUUUCCCCACUGAACGAGACUUGUCCAGCUGUCUCUGGUCUCUCUCCUAGCCGUCUUCUUUUCCUUUCCUUCUUUCUCUGCUAUCUGUCGCUUUCCUUUGCAGGAAGGCAUUCGCCUUCCUGCGUCGCUCUCUCUUGCUCCUCGACUUCUUCUCCUCCGUUUCUUCCAGGACCCAAGAUGUCGAAGCUUCCCCCGCCUCGUCCGCGGACUUCUCUUGUGCCGCCUUCCCCUUCGUGUCGGCGCGCUUCUGCGUCCGCUGCGAAGCGCCCGCAUCGGCCUGCGGAGGACUCUCCCGUUCCUGAGCAGCCUCCUGAACGCGCCGCUUCUGCCUCCCCUGCCUCGCCUGCCUCGUCCUCUUCUCCGCCUUCGUCGCCUCACUCUCCUCGUCUUCCGGUCUCUGCUGGUCAGGCGCGAGUGUCUCCUUCCUUCCCACCGCCGCCUCCCCCUGUGGAGCCUCAGGACUCUGAGUCUCCGGCCUUCGAGCCUGCGGCGCUCGCGCGGCGAACCGAUACCUCGUUCGUCGCUCGUUCGGAGGCGCUUCCUUCCCUGAACUGCGCAGACUGCGGGCGCCCCGUAGACGACGUCCUGGUCCUCGCCUGUCACCACAAUUUGUGUCUUCUCUGCGCCGUAGCCUGCUUCCGAGGCGUCCGAAAAGCGCGACGCGACGGCCAAGCGGACGCGCUGCAGUGUCCGACAUGCGGCGUCGUCACGCAUCUCGCGGCUUCGACGGUGGCGACGCUCGGGGGCCGAGAAGCGCCGCGAGUCGAUCCGGACGCGAGCGCCACCGACCGGCCGCUGUCUUCUCCCGCCUCUGCCUCGACAGCGCCUUCGCUGCCUUUCUUGUGCGCUCAGUGCGAGGCGCACGCAGCGACGGUCUUCUGUCGGGGAUGCGUAGCGAAUUACUGCGACGCAUGUUCACUCAGCCUCCACGAGCGUCACCCGCGCCUCGCAGAUCACAAGUUCCGCCUCCUGCCGCACUCGACUGCGCCCAGGGCCGAGGCUGUCGACGCUUCAGACGCCGUGCCUCUCCGCUUCCUCUUGCCCGUUGGCGGUCGAGCGGCGCAGCGCGGGAAACUCCGCGAAACCUCCCAUGUUCGCACAUUCGAGGACUUCUCUCCGGAAGACGCCGGUCCGUCCGAGCGCGGCGCGCCUCCGGCGCUGCUCACUGCGAGUCCGACUCUCGGCGUGCGGUCGCGUCGCGGCGGCUGCGGCCGCCUCGCGGGGGUCUUGGGCUCGUCGAGUUCCACGGCCUGGGAGGCCGCCGGCGCAGCCGAGACCGGCAGCGAGGAGACAGGCAGCGAGGCGCGCGCGCGGCCUGGCGACCGCGAGGAGAGUGUACAUAGCAGCGCGUUGGGGGAGGUGGAGGCAGAUCGGACGCGCUUCCUUUCUCGCUUGCUGAAGCGCGCGGGGGAGGGAGGGAACGUCGACGAGUUCCUGCAUCUCUGCUCGAUUUCGAAUCUGGAGUGCGACGUCCAUCCUGGAGAGCCUGUUCGCUUCUUCUGCAUGACCUGUCGGUCCGUUCCCUGUCUGUGUACGCAGUGCAUUCUGACGCGCGAUCAUGCAACGCAUGCGCUGCAUCCGAUUCGGCAGGCCUGGGAUGAGAUUCGCUCGCGCCAUCUGGAAGACGAGUUUCGGAGCGCUGUUGGGCUCGUGAAGGCCGACGUCGACGCCGUCAAGCAAGUACUGAGAGACAAGCGGCUGGAAUGGGGAAAGGCUUUGCUCGACGACCGCGCCUUGAUCGCCCAGACGGGAGAGCUGCUCAAGGACCGCCUGGGGGAGAGACAGGAGAACCUCCUGACUUCGCUCGCGACGUUCACAACAAAGUUCGCCUUCGAGUGCGAUGCGUUCCGGAAGAUCGUCGAGGAUCACGCUGCGGAGACUCAGAGAGCUAUGGAGGACAUCCGAGCGCACAAGAACUCGCUGGACUCGCUGCUGCUGCUCUCUUUCUGCCGCGAGAGACACGACGGCUUCGCGAAGCUGCUCGACGAAGAUCACCCGUCACAAGUUGCCCAUCUGCCGGACAGCAGGCAGGCGAUCCUCGACCAGGCUGCGCAAGUGACGGAGGAGAUCUGCGCCCUCGUCGAAGACUUGCGCGAGGCGCUCUGGACCUGCGACGGCAGGCUCGCCAGACGCCGCGCAGAGGAGGCGCAAGCCGAAGACCGCGGCGCCUCCGCGGCGUCCUCCCGAGUCCAGCCGCCUCUCCUCAGCGCGCCGAAAGUACUCUCCACAGAGAAGUCAAACGACCGCGGCGGAGAAGAAGAGGAGGAAGAGGAGGCGGAGAACCGCCAGGGAGGAGGAGCAGAAGAAGGAGAAGAAGAUGAAGACACAGAAGAAGAAGAUGGUGACGAAGAGGAAGAAGAAGACGAAGAAGAAGAAGAGGAAGAAGAAGACGAAGAAGAGGAAGAAGAAGAGGAAGAAGAAGAAGAGUAGGAAGAAGAAGAGGAGGAAGAGGGCUCGAGGCGGCCAAGAAGAGGAAGUGGAAGAAGGGAGGCAAAGAAGAUCAGGCGAGAGGAGAAGAGAACAAGAAACAGGAAUGCAGUCGGCCGCAGAACCUCUGUUUCAGACAGAGCUGUUCCAUGGCUGCUCCUUUGGCCUCUCUGCGUAGAGAGAAGUCGGUGUUCCCUACAUGUGAAAGGCACCGGGCAGAGAAAUGUUUUUCCUUUCUGAUGCGUUUUUUUUCUCUUUUCUCGCAAUUUUAAAAUAUCAUUUUCUUUCCGGAAAACUCCUUUCUGUUCAACCUUUUUGCGUCGUGUCAGGAGAAACGGAACUUCACAGAAUUCUGGUUUUCUCCGUUUUCCGCUGCAUCUCUCGUGGCGGUCGUUCUUUGUCAAACGAGGACGCGCUGUCGAAAAAGGCCUUGCCUGGUGUGUUGACCCCGUUGCUUUUCCGCGUCGGCUUUUUUCCUGGCCUUCCAGUUUCUCUUGCGCCGCCAUCCGUAAUUCGUCUCGUUUCUCCGGAGUCUCCUUCCUCUCUGCAAAAAAAUUCCUCUGUCAUGCAAGCGGCGCGCCUUCUGUAAGACCUGCGUUCUCGCCACGACCGAGCUGUUUCCGACAAGCAGCGCUUGUUCGUCUCGAACUUCGCUUCCUCCGCUUCGACUCCGAGGCGCCGUACGCGCCAUGUCUCGGCGUCUUCCAGUCCCGCAGCAGAGCGAGAAGGACCGAAUGCUUUCGCACGCA